AUGGCGGAGCUGUCGUUCCUGGCUCGCUUGGUGCUGACGCUGCUGCUCUUGGCGGUGUCGCUCUUCGUGUACAAGCAGGUGCAGACACCGACACCGGCACCUGCCUCCCAGACCUCCGCCAAGCGCGCCAAAAAGCGCAGCAAGAAGAAGUCGGGCAAGAAAUCCGCGUCCGCCGACUCGCCGGCGCCUUCUCUGCCUCCCGACAGCGACUCGGACGACGGGCUCUCGGCCGCUCAGGUACUGGCCACGCGCAAGUUCAAGCCCAAGAGCCUUGGCGGCAGUCGACUCGCGCGGAAGAUCAAAGCGUCGCUGCCGCCUGCUGACGCCCCCAGGUUCGCAGUGGACCAGCAGGUCCUGGCCCGGUUCGGAGGCGGGGAGGAGUGGUUCCCGGCCACGGUGCUGGAUCAACGCAAGGGCAACGAGUAUCACUUGAAGUACGACGACGGGGAGGUGGAGUACCGCGCGACGGAAGAUGCCGCAGUGCAGGAAGAACUGUCAAGCUCGGACUCGAGCCAGUCGGACGACGACGACGGGUGGGAGAUGGUGGGCACUUCCAGCGCUGCCAAACGGCAGGCGCGUCGCGCGCAGGCUGCAGCUCCUGCUGAAGUGCUGGUGGAUGGACUGACGAAGCGUCAGCGCGAGAGCCGCCGCAAGAAGGAGCGACAGCGCGAGAAGAAGGAGCUGCUGCGCCAACAUGCUCAGAAGGACGACUUGGACGCCCGGGCGCGCUGGCGCUACGUGCCGUCGUAA